AUGUCAACGACGACAACUACAACAGCAAACACUUCAUUCAGUUCAUUGCUUACACGAGCUAGUAGUCCGCCUACAUCCAGUCGUCGGACAUGUUUGCGUACAUUUAUGCAGUUACAUCCCGGUUUUAAUGUUUGGAGCCCGAAUACAACGACUACCAGUAAUAAUAUAAGUCAAGAUAAUAUGAUGUCCCCUGCACCAAUUCAUCCAUUGCCUAUACCACGUAUUAAAGCUCCACCAAGAUAUGCAUCACGUGCUGUAAUCAACGAUACAUACAUGCGUCGUAUUUGCCGUGAUAGUGUUGAGAAAUACAAACGUACAGCCAGUGAGAUAUACUUAGCCAGUGUAAAUAAAUUAGGUGUAAAGUCACCACCACUACCUCUACAGCAAUCAUCAACACCAAUGGCACCAUCUUUAGUGUCAUCUGAAUGGUCAAAUAGCUCAGUCGUUUCCGACAAUCAGCAAACAUCUCCCAUGACAACAACAACAACAACAGGGAAUGACCGAACCGUGAAGAAAAUUGAACCGGUGAAUAGAACAUCGCAAGAUAUGCGUGAUAUACACCAACGAGAUUCAUCUUACACCUCUCAUCCUCAGUAUGUCACCAAAACUAGUGAUAUCACUGCUGUUACUAAUGAUAAUAUUAACAACAAUAAAAUUCCUGAUUAUUCUGCUCAGAAAGUUCAGUCUUCAGUUCACUCAACUACUACUGAAGUACCUUUAUCCUCGUCUCCGUCUGCAUCUUCAUCAUCGUCUUUAGAAUUAAUCGGUAUAGAUAUACAACCAGAUGAUGAACAGAAAUUAUCUCUAUCACCUACUGAGCUUGAUUCACCUGAAGAUGAUCAAAAGCAACAGAAUUCUGGUGAUGUAGACAGUGGUCUAGGCGGUUCUGAUCAUACUAUCAACUCAUUAGUCACAAAAUCCGAAACGAAAUUAGUAAAUUCUACUACUAUUUCGAGUACUGCCGAGAUUCAACGUGGUGAAACAAAAAUGAAAGAGGUUUCUCCUAGAACUGUAGUGUAUGUGGAUGAAGGACAUGGUACAGACGCUAGUACACUCAACACAUCUGCUAAUCUCAUAGAAAAACAACAAAUUAAACCUAUUCUGCGUAAAUCAAAAUUAUUCCAAUCACCACUGACAUCGAAACAAAGUCCAAGUUUAGACGGUGUAACAGAAACAACCCAAUCAUUGUCAUCUUCACCGUGUCAAUCGAAUUCUGUACGAUUUCAUCCAUUAGCUUUAUUGUUAGAUGCUGCUUUAGAAGGUGAUUUAGAGUUAGUGAAAAAAGCAGCUUCUGAGGUUGUCGAUGUUUCUGAGUCAAACGACGAAGGUAUCACAGCAUUGCAUAAUGCUGUUUGUGCUGGUCGUGUGGAUGUAGCUGAAUUCCUUGUGCUUACAGCUGGAGCUGAUGUUAAUGCUGGUGACACAGAUGGUUGGACACCAUUGCAUUGUGCUGCAUCCUGCGGGAACUUACCCUUAGCUAAACUUUUAGUGGAACAUGGUGCUUCUUUGCAUGCUCGCACUUUAUCUGAUCAAGAAACACCUUUAGAGAAGUGUGAUCAAGGUGAUGAAGAAGCUGAAUGUGAAGAAUACCUAUACUUUCAACAUGAACGUCUUGGUUCUGCUUCAUCUGGUCGAGUAUAUGCGCUAUUUCCUCGUGGUAUAGAAGCAGCUGGACCUGGUUCUAUAGAUGCACAUUUAGAAGCCGAUGAGUUACCAAUGAAACCGAAUGAAGUAUUAACUAUUAUAAAUCGUGAACCACCUGGUGAAAUAGAAUGGAUGUUGGCUGAAAAUUCUGAAGGUCAAAGAGGUUUAGUCCCGCGAUCACACAUAUCAUGUUAUCCAUUAGUACGUAUCCCACCGGCUAGUUUACCAAUUAUGGAAAUGCCUAAGAAUAAUUUUACAUCGAAAUCAAUCAUUUGGAGUGAAUAUGACGAUGAUGAGGAUGAUGAUGAUGAUGACUGCGAAGACGAUGGUGAAGGCGAAGGUGGUGGUGGUGGUGGUGAGGCAGAUGCAAAAGGUGAUCAUUAUCAGGCUAUGGAUUAUAAAGGCUGUGAUGAUAAUCGAUCAUUACCUGGAGGAGAAUCAAAAUUACAAUUUAUUUCAUCUGAUGAUAAUUUUGCUAGUAAUAAUAAUAAUAUCGGUGAUAAUGUUAACAAUAAUAAUAGCAACAACAAAGAUCGUGGUUAUACACAUGUUUCAGUGGAAAUGAAUGAUGUUUCGACAGCUAAAUCACAAUCAUUGUCAUCAUCGCUAAAUGAAGUUAAACAAUGCAUUUCUCGUCCAUCUAUUAAUUUCACUGGACUUAAAACUGAUGAUCGUCAGUCAUCAGAUGAAGUAAGUUAA